AUGCUUGCAUUUAUAUUAUUUAUUGUAAUUUCUAGUGCAACAGAAAGUAUUCUCAAUAAAGAACAAAGAGGUAAAGAAGUUCAAAAGAAUAAAAUAUAUUCAAUUGAUAAUAAACGAAUGUAUAAUAUCUAUACUGUACAUUUUAAUAGUGACAAUGUACAAUCAGAAAGAAGAAUGAAACAAGAUACUACUGGAACAUCAACUACUGGAACAUCUACUACUGAAUCUACUACUGGAACAUCUACUACUGGAACAUCUACUACUGGAACAUCUACUACUGAAUCUACUACCACAGAAAAAGAAAAUGAUAAUAAGAAUAACCAAGAAGAUGGUUUAAAUAUUCCUUCUAAUCUUAAUCUUGCACCAAGUACUUUUGUCGUUCUAUCUAUUGUCUUUGCUCUCAUCUUCUUCUAA